GAUAGAAGACUGCUCAUGCGCCGUGUGGUAGACGGUGUGCGGGUGCGCACAGAGGAUGUAGGAAACGUUGUGUUCCGUGUCACAGGGCACUGCUGUGAUCUGGUCCUUCCUGUACAGAGAACAGAGUGAGCUGCCCUGAGAUUUUCAUGCACUUCAUGAACUUCAGGACAACACUGCCAUCUCACAUUCCAAAUCUGGCUGUCACUUGAUGAAUAUCACCAAAGAAAGAAAAUGCUGGGGAAGAUCUGAGUGUGAGGAAGAGGAUGCUAUACUACACGGAAAGCCAUGACCCCCCUCUGCUGACGUGCAUUCAUCAGAGGGAAAUCUCAGCCCCUCCCACGGUACUCGCUUACAUUGGAAAGAAAGCAGAGGGAGGUCCCAUAUCACAGCAGGGCUCUGCAAAGAAGGAAUGCUGAAUGCAACUGGUAUUAAAGAACUGACAUACAGAGCCUUACAAGUGGAAAGACUUCUAGCAGACAGAAAAUAUGAAGACAUUAUGUACCACCUCUCAUACUUUGAAACUCUUGAGGUCAGUCUGCAAACCCUUCAAGAGACAGACGUCAUCGGGGUUAUUUACAGGGUACUUAAGAGCUGUUCCCAAGGAGCUAUGAAAAAGAAGGCCAAGUGCUUGCUGUCCAAAUGGAAGCUUUUGUAUAAAGAAAGCUGUGCCCAUCCCAAGGAGGAACAUCACACAGGUGAAAGCAAAGAACUUGUAACAGCGCAGUCAGUCCCAGAAAAUGAACAAGACAAAGGUGUUCUGGGUAGUACAAUGGAACUUCAUUUGUCUACAGCAACUCAAGAAACAGCAGCUGGAAAUACUGAUGCAAGCACUCAAGCAGCUUGUUGUACAAAAUCUAGUGAGGACAAUGUAGGUGAAGAGAAAAUCAUUGCUGAGGAAUUGAGAGUAAAAUGCAGAGAACUUUUGUGCCAGGCUUUGUCUGAUACUACAGAGUGUCCAGAGAAAACGCAUGCAUAUGCACACGCACUAGAGGAAAGCAUCUAUAACAUGUAUGCCAAAAAUGAGAAGAAGUAUAGAAACUGUGUACGGAGUAAAGUUUCCAAUCUGAGAAAUCCAAAGAAUUCCCAUCUAAAAAAGCAGAUUUUCUCUGGCGCAUUAAGUCCUGGGGCGUUUGCUACAAUGACUGCAUUGGAGAUGGCCAGUGAUGAACUCCGAACGCUCAGAGCCAGCUAUACACAAGAAAGUGUUCAGGAGCAUCAGUUACCCCAAGGCGUUGAUGGCCUCCAGACAAAUAAAAUUAAAUGCAGGAAGUGUGACAGGUUUAAUUGUACAGUUACAAUGAUUUCAAGAGGAACUCUGUUUCUGCCUGCUUGGGUGCGGGCUGGAAACCCUGAUGAAGAAAUGAUGACAUUUAUCAUUUGUAAUGAGUGUGGAGAGAAGUGGUAUCAUAGUAGGUGGAUCUGUCUGUGAAAGCAUUCUGUCCUGUUUAUUCUUACUAUUGUGCUAUGUGCCCUGGCUCCUUAGAUGAUAAGAGGAGCAGCCUACAAGGGUAGACUUUGUAAUGAUCAUCCAGCCCCAGUUCUGCAGAGAGAUGCAUCACACUGAUAAAGAUUUACAGUAUCUGCAGUUUACUCUAUGAACUUCUACUCAGUAUGUGUUUUUAACUACAGGCUAUCAGGGUUUACACUCUGCUCAGAGCAGCGUCAUGUAGCAGUACACUUGAUGCUUUGUACUUAAAGUCAUACUAAAGUCUUGUUUUAUUUUUAUUCAUUUUAAAGACCGUAAAUGUAACUGGUUUAGCCACCUGAA